UUUGGGGAGACAUUCAUAUCAUUUCUAGCUAUAUUGUUACCGAUUCAAUGGUCAGUAAACAAAAGUUUUGAUUUCUCUACUGGGUUCGCCUGGCAAAUCUGCAGAGCCUGUGGCCGGCACUGCCCUUUUCUAGAAGAAAAAAAUACACCCGCCAUCAAUACAAGUUGCAGGGGCAAUGGAGGGCGCACAACUUCCCAAGCUCACCACCGCCCUCAACCAGGGUACGGUUGAGGAAAUUCCUCAAAAACUCAAGGAGCUCUGGACUACUCUUACAAAAUCGGAGCCCGAUAGCACACAUGCUUCUGAAAAGUUCAUACUGAGAUGGCUUCUCAAAUCCAUGACCGGUUCUUCCACGGACGCCGAGACAGUCCGCCGAUAUCCGUUGACAUGGACCUUGAUGGGCUGUCUUUUCAGCCGCAUACCGCUCUUUUCGCUAGCCAAGGCUCUGGCGGAUCGGAGGUUCAUGGCUAUUCUCCAGCAGACCUUGAAGAAUAUUUCAAGCUCGGCCUCGAAGGAACUAGACGGCGACGUCGAGAUGCAGGAUGCGCCAAGCUCUGCCAAAAAGUCUCUGAAGAGGAAGAGAUCUCAGGAGUUCGCGUUUGACCUGAGUGUUCUGAAGGCACCUUUGUCGCGUCUGCGGUCCACAGAACAGGUCUUUGCAGCAUUGAAAGUGCUGAUAUCUAGGAUCUCAGCGGAUGCCAACGACAAGGCUAACGAUCGGAUGGGAGCUGAGCACAUUCGAUCUCUAUUUGGUUGUGCUACUAAAGAUGCCCUCCAAACGAUGUCGGCAUCUUUGGAUCUUUGCAAGCUUGCCAUUGCUGAGGAGACCACCGAAUGCUUGGAAGGUCAGGACACAUGGAUCAACACUCUGGCUUCAGUGUGGGAGCUGCAUAUGCGAAGUGGUAGCGAUGCCCGUGACUUCGCUCUACAUAUGGCCAGACCUAGCUGUUUGGUGCUCAGGAACUUAGUUCAGAUGGAUGGUUCUUCCUCUACAUUCAACAGGAAGGUUGCCAAGGCUUGGGAGAGAGAUCUACAAGGCCUGAUAACCAAGAAUCUCAUCCUUCCCGCGAGGUCCGAAUUUUCCGUCAAGAAGGGCACUGGAAUCAUAUCUGCCCCUAUCAACCACCAAAGUGAGAUCUCCGCCCUUUGCCCUGUUCUGUUUCAGCUGGUUUUACAAGCGCCGCAACCGAUCGGAGGUGCCACUUUGAAGAAAGAUAACGAGGAGUGGAUUGAUGUGGUCUUUUCUCUACUUGAGGAGCGUGUAAAGACGAUGGAAAUUGAACAGAGGAAUUCUGUGAUGCAGGAACUUCUUGCGUCAGCUCUCGACCAAAACUCCUCCCCGAAGACUUCAACAUUGCUGAAUGUCUGCAAGGAAUAUGCUCUUGGUGAUGGAAAGCUAGAUUGGGCUAUCGUCUCUUCAGUUGCGCAUUGUGAUCCUGAUGUAUUCCUCACCUCUGAAGAGGGACGGAGCUUGUUGGAUACGAUCCUUGACGAGGCACCAAACGAGGCUGUCGAUGACAAGGAUACCUAUGAGGCCCUUUGCUCCACAAUUCUUUCUCUCGCGAGUGGCUUUGUGAGAGCUCGAGAGCUUUCCAAAUUCAUCAAGAAGUGGUUCGAGCGCUUGACAAAAUGUUCCAUCAAGAAGAGCACCAAAACCACGGAAAGAAUAUUCUGGCUCGACUCUCGAAUUUCUCAGUCGGUAUCGAGCUACAUCCAGGAGGCGCUGACCACGAAACAGCUGGCUGAUCUCAUCAGCGAUCUCAGUCAGUCAAAAGAUACCCCAGCUGAAGCAGCUCGUGCAAUUGUCUUUGAUGCCAUCUGCCAGGGCAUCACCAUUGACGACUUCUGGGAGGCCGUUGGCACCAAUCUGUUUGAAAGUGUAUGGACUUCACCGACGAAUUUCAAGGCCGCCGAAGUGUCUUCCGCACAGCUCAGGAUAUCAGCCAAGGCUUUCACUUGGGAAGUUGCCAGCGACCCUUGGGAGAUGACGGGUGCUUUUCUCCAGGACAGCCUCGAUCAGCCGAAACUGAAAGCCCCUGCUACCUUUGAGGCUUUUCGGAGCACUAUUGCAGCGUGGAACUCAUGUUACUCUGGUGAAGUUGUCUCAUCUGAGGAAAAGUCCUCGUUGGGGCCAGAUAGGGUGAUUUCAGGAUUCAUGCAAGUUCUUAUCGGAAAGCUUUUGGCCGAGGAGCUCAACGUUGAUGACUGCGUCUUGCGGUUUCGCCUGGAAAGCGACAACGUCAUGAAGGAAUCGGAUGUUUUCAGCUUGCUGCCCUUUGGGAAGGUGUCAGUGACUACAUAUCUCGCAUGGAUAUUGUUCUAUUUCCCCAAACUGCUACAAAUGUUGCAGUCGACCAGUGGCUUGGCCGAGUUUGUAAAGGCGGUUGUAGUCUUCCUCGGUAGAUCGAGUGGGACAGCUGCUUCGGCAUCAAAACCGGCCUUUGAUGCGUUUGCCAAAGCUUUGACUGAAUCACUCGCUGAUAUCCCAGGCGAUUGUCUGUCAACAAUCUUUGUGGACCCAAUCAUAGAAACCCUGAAAUCCGCAAACUCGUUUGCUCAGCCAGCCAAGCCAGGAGUGGCUGCAGCGAGAUUAGUAACCAGUUUCAACAGUGAACGACUCCAGCGGGGUGACAGAGAACGGUUGAUGGAAACUGUCUAUACCGUCGCAAGAUCUAAAACUUCUGCUGAUUUCGAUGGACUUGCUUGGGAGUCUCUCCUGGGGCUCAUGGUGCAGUUGAUGGCAAAGCCUACCUUCUACGCGGAUAUGAGCAUUCAAGGACUUGUGGAAGUCGGAAAGCUUCUCAAAAAGAGGGUCCGCAAAGAUAAGGCAGACCUAUUCAAGGACUCACGGACAGCGGUGGCGUUCAAGCUAUAUGGAGAACUGGCAUAUCUAACAUUUAGACAAAUGUCUGUUUCUGCCGGAACAAGAGAGGUGAACUUCAUUAAAGAAGUCUGGCCAGCAAUUUCCAAGGCACUUGGAAAGCAAGGCCGCGACACUGACAUGGUUCCAUUAACAUUACUUACCGCUUUUGUGAUCGCCAUUCAACAAUCACCCGUUCACGACCAGCUUUCCCAAGAGAUUGGCUCAUUGAAGAAGUCAAAGGAUGAACUGUCCCGGUUAGCAACUCUUGCAAUGGAAGAGCACUUUAAGGGCUCCAGUAAAGCGCUUGGCCUGGACCUAGAAACUCUGAUAAAACUUCGAGCAGCCUUUAUGGCCGCAGAAUUCAGCUGGAGCUCCAGUAAUCAUUACGCAAUAGCAGCAAUCUACGAGCAGAUUAUUGCGGCUGCUCCUGAAAUCCGGAAAGCCGAUGUUGAGAUUGGCACCCUGGCUACGUCUUUCAUCGCAGGCCGGUUACAGGAGGGGCAGCAAGGCUCUGUCGAUCAGGGGGGCAAUUGCGGUGCAGAAGACUCUGGAGAGAAUGACCGCUCGAAGCUUGACGUCAAGUCCGUCAUCAAGAGUGUGGAUAUGACCAUUCCGGACGGCGAUGAAACCGCAAAAGUAGCUUUCCUCCGAGACCUGGCCUCACGUCUACAGGGUGAAAGCGACAAAGCCACAAACAUUCUCACUGCUAGGAGAGUGAUUAAGGCCGGCAUAGAAGUAUCAUCUACCACCGAUGAAUCAGCUGUAGUACUCAGCAUGGUUCAGAACACGCUCACACAGCUGCUUGUCACCGCCGGCUCGAUCAAUGAAGUCGUUGACGGAGCUCGAACAAUUCACCAAUUACUCGAAACGAAGUUGGCCUCAGUCACACAGUGGAACGUGGAAUACACCUUGAGCAGCAUUGCUGUCGUCUGCUCGGAUAAGGCUGUCAAUGCGGAUGUGAUCCGUUCUUCGCCCAAGACUUUCGGGUGGCUAUGUCUCAUGAUGGAAGUGAUCCUGAAAAGACACCGCCGUCGUCUCGAUGGCCACCUCCAUCUUCUCAUCACUGUGCUUCAGUCGCUCCUCACUUGCCUGGUACUGAACCCAUAUGAUGGUACACAGGGGAGCUGGGCAUCUGGGCCAGUGUCGGGUAGGAAGGUAGAAACCUUCCCAUACUGGGAGAAGCAUGCGAAGACAUAUGGCCGCCUGCUUACGCUGGUGUGCGAGCCGAGCGCCGCCUCGGUGAUGCGCACCCACCAGCACGGGAGCAGCGCUCCUCUAGACUCGGCAACGGACGCAGCCAAACGCUCAGCAGGUCAGUACAUGUACUUGGUGCUGAUGCACUUUAUCAAACUGCAGCUGGAGAGCGGCGUACCUCAUGCGGUGCGGGAGGCUUUGGUGCCGGGUGUCAAUUCGAUCCUGGACGUCACGCCACCUGACAUGCGCAAGGUUAUGGCAGAUGCGAUGGAUGCUAGCGGAAGGGCAAUUUUCAAGGAUAUAUAUGAGAAAUACCGGAGGUUUGGCAAAUGGAGGGGUGCUUAAGGUUGCCGUGGUGUCUGGGAUAUUUUGAUAAGAUCCAUUGCAAUUAAAGCUGUUGCUAGUGAAUGACAAACAAUCACGUUUACAACCA